UUAAUGGAGAUAUUUACAGACUGUGUUUUUAAAGAAUUCUCCUGAGGUAUCAUUGUAAUCCUAUAUUAUUUCAUAGGCCUAGAUGUCAUUGCAACAUAAUGCAGCCCAAUAUGAUAGCAGGCUCCCUGCUUGAGCCCUCCCUCCGCCUCUCAUGUGUCUACAUUUUCAUCCCAUGGCCGUCUCUAGGUGAUUUAGCGCCGCCAGUCUCAAGCAGGUGUCCAACAUGGCGAUCACGGGGAGCGGAUCUCUCGCUAUUUUUCUCUCUGUUUUCGUGAUUUCAGGGGCGUUUCUCCCGAAAGGAGCUGCUGAAACCGUGACAGUUGAAGGUCAGAACCUGGCGACUGACAAUGUGUCAGUGAUUGAGGGGGAAAUGGCCACCAUCAGCUGCAGAGUGAAGAACAACGAUGACUCUGUCAUUCAGCUGCUCAACCCCAACCGACAGACCAUCUACUUCAAAGAUGUUAGACCUCUGAAGGACAGCCGGUUCCAGCUGGUGAAUUUCUCUGACAACGAACUGCGGGUGUCUCUGUCCAAUGUGUCACUCUCCGAUGAGGGACGCUAUGUGUGCCAGCUCUACACGGAUCCUCCUCAGGAAGCCUACGCAGACAUCACUGUCCUGGUCCCACCAGGAAGCCCAAUCAUCGAGAGCCAUGAGGAUAUGGUCAGAGAGGGGAACGAGACGGAGCUCACCUGCACAGCCAUGGGCAGCAAGCCAGCUGCCUCCAUCAGAUGGAUGAAAGGGGAGGAAGAACUGACAGGUGAGACAACAGUUGAGGAGACGUAUGACAGGAUGUUUACUGUCACCAGCCGAGUAAGAUUUUCUGUCACCAAAGAGGAUGAUGGAGUACCAGUGGACUGCAUCAUUGACCACCCAGCUGCAAAGGACCUCCUAGCUCAAAGACAUUUAGAAGUGCUGUAUAAACCAGAAGUGAAGAUCGUGGUGGCAUAUCCUGAAGGAUUACCAAGAGAGGGUGACAAUCUAGAUUUGACAUGUAUCGCAGAAGGAAAACCACAUCCCCAUCAGAUCAACUGGCUGAGAGUAGACGAGGAUGUGCCGCCUCACGCUGUGGUCACCGGCUCUGAUCUCUACAUCGAGAACCUCAACAAGUCUUACAACGGCACCUAUCGCUGUGUGGCUUCCAAUGCUGUGGGAGAAGCCUACGAUGACUACAUCCUCUAUGUAUAUGAUGCUCCCACUACUCUCCCCACACCCACCACCAAUCCAGUCAACACGCAAGACUCCAGAGCCGGCGAGGGGGCACCACAGAAAAUUGACCAUGCUGUCAUUGGAGGAGUGGUUGCCGUGGUGAUGUUUGCCAUCCUCUGUGCACUCAUUGUGCUUGGUCGAUACUUUGCCAGACACAAAGGCACUUACUUCACACAUGAAGCCAAAGGGGCAGACGACGCAGCUGAUGCAGACACGGCCAUCAUCAACGCGGAGGGAGGACACAACAAUACAGACGAGAAGAAGGAGUACUAUAUCUAAACAGGACAGGCCAGGAGAGACGGGUGGGGAUGCUGCUGGUUGUGGUGGUGGUGUUGGAGCAUUAUGUGUAACUCAUGGGUUACGAGAAGGCUUGGGGGCAGGGAGGGCAAGAUUUAAAGAGGAAGAGAAGAAAGAGAAAGUGGUAAGUAGGACUGGCAUGGCCAAGUGGUAAGAAUAGGCGUUGCUGAGUCUCCUAUCCGACCCUUCCUGGACUGCCGGGGCCUAUUCUGUACAGUUCAAUUAUUUUACAGACAAUUUUGUGCCUUGUUCUAUUUCUUUUGUUUAUUUUGUUGUUUCCCCCCUUCACAUGCUUGUUGGAUUGGAUUUUAUUUUUCUCCAUGUACUCCACCUGAUCCUUUGUUGCAUUUGGCUUUCGGAGGAGAUUAAAUGGGCCUGGUGUUUGUCUAUGUGUGCUGCAGCUAGCUUUUAGCUCGAGAGUAGCUGUGCACUAGGAGCCAGCUCAUCCACACUUUUUUUUUUUUUUUUUUUUGAGUAAUCUCCAGAGUUCAGUGACUGGAACACAGUGUCAACACAUUUCUCCCUGCUGGGUCAAAGUCCAACCGUCCCUGCAAAUUCAUCACAUUGCCUCUCCCAUACAUGCAGGUCUGAUUGGUUUCAAUGUGUUUCAGCACAGAUUUCACUCAAACCCAGGGUCAGGUUCACUGUGUUGAUUAAUAAUGUAACGAUUGUGAGUGAUCAUGCUCGUCAUAGAAUGUAUUUGUCUCUGAAAGUCAAGUACAGUAGGAGUGUGGUUAAGUAUAAUUUCACACCAAACUGCAAAGUACAUCUGGUCCUGCAUUGGUUUCAAGAAGACAUCUGACAAGUAGUAGAUGUAAGGUCAGUUUAGUAUUUGUGUAGGAUUUGUGGAGUGCAGUCUAAGACACCAUGACAGCUGUAAUGUGCUGUGAUAUAGCGAUAACAUUUCUACUGAAAAAAAUCAGAACUGUUCAUUCUUUUCUUAAAGCUCUGAAUCAUGUUUUUCUGCCCAUUGGGAGAACAACACUAAAUAAACAAUGGCAGAUAACGUCUCUUGUCAUCUGCUUUUUAUGUUGUCAUUAACCAAACAUCUGCUCAUGAGACUAUUAAAAGAAAUCCUCAGCCUUUUGUGAAAUACACUUUUAUAUUUGUCCGUUAAAUAUGAAGCUACAGACAGGAGAUGGUUAGCUUAGCUAAGCAUUAAGACUGGAAACAGGGAGAAACAGUUGGCUUGGCUCGGUCCAAAGGUGGGAAAUGCAACAUACCAGGUUUACUGGACUAUUUCCUGGCGAAGAAAAAAAGGUUAGUCCAGUUAGUUAGUGCUCAUACACUACUGUUUUUGUAAGGACUAAAUAAACAAGAUAUAAAGUGUUAAUCACUGAGGUUUAGAGGUUGCAGCUGGCAGGUUUUGUUGCUAACAGUUUUCAUCCCAUUUCAAAUCUUUGUGCUAAGCUAAGCUAACUGGCUGCUGGCAGUAACUUCAUAUUUACAUUACAAAUAUGGAAUUGUAAACUUUUCAUCUAACUCUCACAUAUAGCCUAAGCUCAUUUCCCAAAAUGUCAAACUAUUUUAAAAGCAUUGCCUUUAUCUAGAAUUACUUAAUCAUUAUUUUUGUCACUCUUUUUCAUCCAUGGCAUGGCAUGGAAGGACCAAAAACAUGGCAGAAAAGUUUGCUCUAUUAAUUACGGAGCCAAAAGACAUCUUGUCUGUGGGCAGCACUGUUGGUUUAAGGGUCAGAUUUACUCUGAGAACACAAUCUAGUACCUAAAAGAGUGACUGGUCCUGCUGCAUUGAUCAUAAAAUCUUUUUAAAAUGUAUUAUUUGUUAGAUAUUGAUAUGGCCUGCUGUGUCCACUUUUGGUUUAAACAUAAAUCUUCACAUUUUCAUACUAGCUACAUAGUUAACCCUGGACCAAAUAUGGUAAUUAUGCAUGUGCGUACAUACAGUGCAUAUUAUUUGUAUAAAGUAAAGGCUGACAGCAAAAGUCCACUUUACAGACUGCUCCUCUCUAUUGAUCUAAUUGAUUUUUUAUCUGAUAAUACAGGAUAUUGACUGUUUAAAAAGCCCCAUCAUCACUCCCUAUGCUCUGUUAUUGGUUGGGGGCUACACACCCACUGCCCAAAGGUUGACGCCCUGAAAUGUCCUGAACACUGCAAAACAAUAGAAUACAGGCAGAGGGCAGAGUCUCUGCAGAGACACCGCCACACACUUCUAGAAGGUCAUAAGUGAUGAUUGAGAGGGAUUAUUUUGUACAAGUCUGUACAAUGUAUUUUUUUGUGAAAAUCCUACUCAUUCUUCCCUCAACUGGAAAUCUUACAAGGACUUUGGUAUUUUCCAAGGUUUUAUCUUUUGAAUUGAUUGAGCCGUGUUCAAGGGAAGAAUGUUACACUUUCAAUGGCACGGUUUCCUUUCAGUGAUGUAUAAGGUAUCAGAGUAGGUCCGUGUCAAUACUCAUAGAAAGUGAAAAAAAAAAGUUUUUUUAUUUUUUAUUUCCUGGCUCCUUGCUACACUCUAUGACUUGUUUGCCCUUGCCCAUACAAGAGUAAAAAGACAUUCAGUCAUUGCAAACAUUAAUUAGUUAAAAUUCCUUGCUCUCUGUAAAGAAAUGUUACCUUUGGGUGCUCUUUGAUAACUUGUAAAGGCUCUUGGCCUAACAAGUUAUCAAAGAUUUGUGUGGAGCUUUAGACUUGGUUUGGGAAAGAUAAUUUUCUUACUGUCAUCCUGCAGCCUCAAACCUUCACAGGGGAGCCGUUUACUGUUACAAAUGUCCUUUUCUCACCAACACAAAUCAGAAGAUCCUACAUUAGAAGACAGAGACGCAGUGUGCGCACCGUGCAUGCUUCAUGCUUCUGACUCAGUCACAGCUAGAAGAAUAAAACCUGUUUGGUAAUUAGUGAGUGAUUUCAUUGUAUUGCCUGAAUAAGAAAAAAAAAACAGUAAAUGUAUUAUGAAAAAGGAUAACCACUGCCUUAAACCCACCUCUUGAUACUUAUCAUUAUAAAGGAAAAGACUGAAGGACUUAAUUUAGUGCCUUCUUUGAUUUUGAGGCAUAUGGUUAGUAUCGUACAGUAUCCUCAUGUACACUCUACAGUAUCUCUUGUAUAGUUCUUGUCCUUUCUAACUUACAGGGCCAAUACUCAUCCACGUUGUCUGUAUUCACGCAUCAUAGACUCACAUUACAACCUGGAGCCUAAAAAGCUGAAUGAGUUUGAUGUUGCAAAAAAAAAAAAAAAGAAGAAAAGAAAAAAGGAAAAAAAAAGUAUUUCUUUGUUUAUCAGGGUGGUGUGGCAGCUUCCACUGACUAGAAUGUCAUGUGCCAGGAUGUAGUAUUUAUUGUCUUAAUUCGUGAUCACGUUUUACAAAAGAAUCUCAAUUUGGUCAUAAUUAUUUUUCUCUGCUUCACUUCACUUUAUUAUUUAUUUGGAUAUAUUCAAGGACAAGGCUCAUAAGUAAAUAUCAGAGAGAAAUACAGUACUUUCAGGAGUGUCAGUGUCAUGGAAACAGUUAUCUGCAUGACACAUUUUAUUUUGGGAUUUGAUAUUUAUCUUAAAUGAUUUAAAAGUGAGUGCUGCUUUUAAUCGAGAAACAUUAAAGAUCGUGAAAAGCAUCAUUCUAAUCCAAUUUUUCGUUUUUUUUAGUAUGUUUGUUUUCACUCUCUCAGGUUCAUGAGUGUUAAUAGUUGUGUUUUUGCAUCUCAGGUAGAAUGCAAAUUUAAGGCCCCAGUAUAUACUGUAGUACCACAGCUAUUCAAAAAGUGAAGAAACCACAAGAUGUACAUGUUUUUUCUCAGUUGUACAUGUUUAUGUGUUCUUAAUAUGGUGCACUGUUACAGUAAACGUUAAAUAUAAUUUUGCAUAGACCUAGUUCACAAAUAAAGAAAACUAGAUUUGUUAAGCAGACGAAAAUUAUGUACAGUCAGUGUCAACAAAAUCACAACAAUGUUCAUAAAACUUCUUCUUCUUCUUCUUCCACUGUACCACUUUGCUCAUAGAGUAUCAGUUAUUUAGUAAUUAUAGGAUGUGACCACAGACAGUCAAUCAAGCAUCUGUUUGCAUUCAAUCAAUUCAUGCAUACAUUUUCAUAGAUGAAAAGAUGGUGUAUUUACUGUGACAUGAAGUUUUAUGAAUGACCUGUAACAUGUCUUGGAUAUUUGGAUGAAACUCAUGUUUAACGCCUGGGAAGGGAGAGAGGAUGAGAGGGAUGGAGGGGGUUUGGUUGUUUUAUUACCCCAAAAUUGUUGUUGUUGUUUUUCUAGUUUUGUUUUGUUUUGUUGUUGAAUCUUAAAUUUCUCUCUGUACCCAGGCGACAUUUUUUUCUUUUGUGUAGUGAAGAAGAUGUUUCUCAUACGACCAUGCAUAUUUUGUAUUGGUUCACCAACAUUUUUACAAAAGGAAAAAAAAAUCAGAAGAGUACUUGUCUUAAUAAAAAGAUAUCAAUG